CGCACAGGUGUGAGUAUAAAUACAGUUACCAACGUCACGCUGCCUUGACUUAAUUUCUGAAGACAGAGGUGGACAAGAUGAAGACUUUUGCGCUGGUGUUGCUUUGUUUAGGAGCCGCGGUCGCCCAGCAGUGCACCAAUGACCAGUUUUCGUGCGCCAAUGGCGGCUGUAUCCCCGACAACUGGAUCUGUGACGGCGACAACGACUGUGGGGACAUGAGCGACGAACAGAACUGCGCCAAUGGGGCAUGUAACGGAGGGGAGUUUGAGUGCGCCAACAGCCACUGUAUCGACGCCGACUGGAUCUGUGACGGAGACAACGACUGUGGAGACAUGAGCGACGAACUCAACUGCAAUGGCGGCACUGCGCUGACGACCUGCGGCGGGUUCCUGAACGAGACCAGCGGCAGCAUCAGCCCUCCGUAUGACGACAACAUGGACUGUAUCUGGACCAUCGCCGCUCCUGCCGGCUGGUUCAUCGAGCUGGAGUUCACCGCCUUUGACCUGGAGUCUGGCGGAUCGUCUUGUAGCUAUGACUACGUUGCUAUUUACGACGGCCCUGACACCAGCUCUGAGCUGAUCGGUAAGUACUGCGGAAGCGGCAUCCCGGCCCCGACCCACUCUCACGGCAACGUCAUAACCGUCAGGUUCGUCACGGACAGGAGCGUCACGGAGACGGGCUUCACGCUGGUCUACACUACUACUGACCAGCACCCCAUCCACCCCUCUGGCUGUGGUGGUCCUGAGUCGCUGACUGACCCAACCGGUACCUUCACCAGCAUGAACUACCCCAACAACUACGACAACAACGCCCGGUGCCAGUGGGAGAUCGAGGUGGCGGCUGGAAUGAGGAUUAAUCUGAUCUUCACCGCGUUUGACCUGGAACCAGAGAGACUCUGUCCUGACUACAACGACUACCUGGAGGUUUUCGAGAACGACGUUUCUCUGGGUCGCCAUUGCGGCAACACAAAUCUUCCCCCGAUCACUUCCACCGGCAACACGCUGAAGGUGGUGUUCUACACUGACUCCAGCACCACGGCUACCGGCUUUUCAGCGCAGUACUCAACCAUCCCUUGGGUCUGUGACGGCGACAACGACUGCGGCGACUUUAGUGACGAGCAGAACUGCGGUGGCGGAGGUACAGGAGGGGCCACACAGCUGGAUGUGUGCGGAGGCGUCCUGAACGACACCACCGGAACCAUCAGCCCUACGUAUGACGACAACAUGGACUGUAUCUGGACCAUCGCCGCUCCGGCCGGCUGGUUCAUCGAGCUGGAUUUUACAGCCUUUGAUCUGGAGUCUGGCGGGUCGUCCUGCAGCUAUGAUUAUGUUGCUAUUUACGACGGAGCCGACACCUCCGCGCCGCUGGUCGGCAAGUUCUGCGGGAGCGAAAUCCCGGCUCCGAUGCACUCCCACACCAACGUCAUGACCGUCCGGUUCGUCACUGAUAGGAGCGUCACGGAGACCGGGUUCACGCUGGUCUAUACAACUACAGACACGCAUCCCGUACACCCUUCUGGCUGUGGAGGUCCCGAACUGCUGACUGAUCCAACCGGCAGCUUCACCAGCAUGAACUACCCCAACAACUACGACAACAACGCGCAGUGCCAGUGGGAGAUCGAGACUGAGGUGGGAAAGAGGAUUCACCUGAGUUUCCCCGCCUUCGAUCUGGAACCAGCGAGACUCUGUCCAACCACCAACGACUACGUGGAGAUCUUCGAGAACGACGUUUCCCUAGGUCGCCAUUGCGGCAACAUCCAUCUGCCCCCGAUCACUUCCACCGGCAACACGCUGAAGGUGGUGUUCAAAACUGACUCCAGCACCACAGCUACCGGCUUUGAGGCACAGUACACAACACACAACUGAGCAGCGCCGGCGGAAGUCCACACAACUUUGGUUCGCAAUCAUAUCUGAGUUCCCAAUAAAGUUGUUGAAGUACUCUCAGA